AUGUUCGUCUUUGGUCGAGAAGAUCUCCCUGCAGACCCAGUAUUUCCGGCCGAGCUGGAUAAGUUGGGCUAUUUCAUCAAUGAGAGUGACCAGAUCAGAAAGAUUUCCGAUCCGUCACAAGAAUUCCAGUUCAAAAUCAACAGAAAUGAGCGGUGGAAUCAGGUACAACGGGGAGCCAUGAACGAAUGCAUCCGAGGCAUUGUGUUGCCGAGACUACACGCUUUGGGCCUCGUCACUCUUUGUCUGCCUCUCACCUCUGGACCAACAAAGCCGCACGUUCCCAUACUGGUCUCGAAAAACUUGUCUACCGCGUCGCGAAUCAUAUUGGUCUUCGGUGAGCCUGUGCAGGACCUAGGCAUCUGGGCUUACCGCACAGUGGGUAGUGAGAACAUCAACGCCGGAUCAGCUGUGAACUUUGUCAAGGCGAUCCUCGAUCCGGAAGAACACGCUCACACCAAUGGUACCAAUGGUAUCAAUGGGGUCUCAGGCAAAGGGCCGUCUUCCCAAUAUGGUGACGUCGCCGUUGUGCUUGCGAAUACUGGCCAACUCUCCUGGCACUGCGGCUCAGGUCGCGCAAUGACCCACGCCUCUCGAAUGGCUCUGCCUCGAGCUUCAGCAGUUGAUCCUCCCUUAGUUCAGACGUACAGGAACAGGAUUCCCGGCCAUGAGAACUGGCAGGAGCAUGUGAGUUCUGUUUUCGAGGGCAUAUUUGCAGCCCGUGGACAGCUUGUCAGGAGCGACGCCAAAAUCGAUGUCAUUGGUCUUGCUGAAGGGGGAUAUGGUGCAAUCCGGUACUUGGCGAGUAACUGGCCCACCUGGCGUCAAUAUAUAUCCGCCAUUUGCCUCUCCCAUCCUCUACAUCAGAAGGAUACUGACUUAAUUGUGGCUGCCCAAGAACCGUACCCAGAGUCGUUCGCUGCAUUCGUGUCCUCUCGCUGUCGCGCAUACCUUCUGUCUCCCGAGCCUCUUGGUACCCCCCUCAUUGACGAAGCGCAGCAAGGGUGCAAUUGCUAUGCGUCCGGGGAGGAGCUCAACACAGAGUGUAUCAUGACGAAGGCUUGGCCUCACAUGCUUGAUUGGCUUAAACAGGCCUACGAUGAUCCUGAUUAUUGCGAAGCACAACUAGUGGUGAGAAGGGUUGACCUAGAUGAUGUAAAGGGGGAUAACGGUGAAGUGGGCUUAGUGGAUCAUUGA